CAAAUACAUCAACAAAAAAGAAAAAGAAGAAAAAAGAAAAAAGAAUUUAUUUUCUUACUUAUUUAUUUAUUUGUUUGUUUUAAAUAAUAAAAAGAAAACCACCUUGGCCUCAUCAUUUGUUUCCAGCUUUGUUUGGUCCAUUUCUUCUCCUUUUUGAAUGUUUUAAAAAUCUUCUCAUCUUCCCUCCCCCACCCCCCCAAAAGAAAAAUCCUUUUUAUUUCAUCUCAAUUUCCCCAAUUUCUCUCUGUUCUUCCCUUUAAUUCCCAAAAUUUCUUCAUCAAUUUCCCUUAAAAAAAAGAGAGAAAAACAUUCAAUUUGAUUUCUUACCUCUAACUCCCAACAAUGGCUGAUGAACUCCACCAAUCAGACCCACCGUCCUCUCCCUCGCCGUCGCCGCCGCCGCCGCCGCUGCCGCCUCGACAGUUAGCGAAAGAAGAACAAGAAGAAGUCAAUCCAGAAAUCAAAUCCAAGUCUCGAUGUAAGAACAACACCUUCUUUGGCAGACAUAGAAUCACAGCAGCCAUAAACAGACUCCAAAAUGAAAUCAAUAUCAUCAAAGAAGAAUUGCAACAGCUCGAGAAUAUUGGUGAAUCUUCUACCGUCUGCGCAGGAUUCAUCUCCAGCGUUGAAUCGAUUCCAGAUCCUUUGCUUCCAGAAACAAUCGGUCCGACGGAUGUGAACUGGGACCAGUGGUUCCGAGGAGCUCAUGGCAGUCGGAAUCACAGACGGUGGAUCUGAUUCCGGUGAAAGAGAGAGAUCCAGUUUUGCAAGUCGCGGUUGAUUUAUAGGGUUCUGACAUCAUCUUCUUUUUUUCUGUUGAUCGAUUGCCGCCAUAACCACAAUGUGGAGAAGAAGAAGAAGAAGAAGAGAAGACUUCAACUUGGGGAAUUGAAACGACGACGUCGCAAUCGGAUCGUGUGUAAAAGUUCUUUUUUUUCUCUUCUUUUGAAUUAAUACGAUUUUUUCUCCUCCGAAUUUAACUUUACCGUUCGACUUAGUUUCAUUCGUUUUGUUAUAUUAUUAAAUGUUAAAAUAUUUUCCGUUCC